AGUUAGUCGUCAGCUUCGCUCGGUACUGAGCCAGUGUGCUCGUGUGCUGCGCUGUGAGGCGGGCUGGUGUUCAGUGUGGAGUGAAUGGGAGUGUUGAACUGAGUUUUACAGGCUGCUGGUGUUAGUAUGGCUGUGCAGAGGCGAGGAAACGUUAAAAGCCCAGAGUCUAGCGCUAUUGAGAAAAAGAUUAAAAGGGCUAUUGCACAGAGGCAGGCCUUCACUUGGAGAAGCUACAUCCCUCUCCUGCUCCUGCUGACUGUCCUCACUGCUGCAUUGACAUGGCUGUAUUUGAGCCUGAGUGAUGAAUUCACUGAGACCCUGGUUUCAAGAGGGGAGGUCCUGACAGAGCCCAGAAUAUUCCUGGUCCAGUGCUCUGAAGAUUAUGAAAACCACAAGCGCUUCCCAGGCUGUACGCCUACCAAAUGUGGCCGAGCUGUUACAGACAGUGUGGUGACCAAAGAGGAGGCCCAGAUCCUAAAGAGGUUAGCAGAGAGAGGAUUAGCACUUGGAGGGUCAGAUGGUGGCGCAUCCAUCCUGGACCUUCACUCUGGAGCUUUGUCUAUGGGGAAAAAAUUUGUCAAUAUUUACAGGUAUUUUAGUAACCAAAUAAGUGAAGUCUUUACUGAGGAAGAUUUCAAACUUUAUAGGGAUGUGCGUGGUCGUAUUCAGAAGGUGAUUGCUGAAACGUUUGGACUGGACUCCUCUCAGAUGUAUCUCACCAAGCCGACAUUCUUCUCCCGCAUCAACAGCACCGGCGCCAAAACCACUCAUGAUGAGUACUGGCACCCACACAUUGACAAGGUGACUUAUGGGUCAUUCGAUUACACAUCGUUACUCUACCUCACAGAUUAUGGUGUGGAUUUUGGAGGGGGGCGGUUCGUCUUUAUGGACUCGAACAGCAACCGAACAGUGGAACCUCGUGCAGGACGCGUGUCUUUCUUCUCCUCGGGCUCGGAGAAUCUCCACCGCGUGGAGAAGGUUGUCUGGGGCACGCGGUAUGCCAUCACCGUGUCCUUCACGUGUGACCCCGAUCACGGGAUUGCUGACCCCACUUUGCCGUAGGGUCCCUCUUCAGCUUCGGAGAUUUGCACCUUGCUGGAGCCCUGGAGUGAAAAAACAACAAAAAAAAAAACACAAAAAAUAUGUGAGGAAUAUGUACUGAAGCACAGAUUCCUGAUUUAUUUGCAGCUUUUGAGCAAUGGCUUUCUUGAUUUGCUUGUGGAAUUAGCAUCAUUGCAAUGUUAAUAAUAAUAAUUCAUAUUACAAGUAAUGUACAUGUUAUUUAAUUUCUUUUUUAAUUAAGACAUGAUGUUUUUACUGGGAAAAGGGACUUUUUAUUGAGAAAAAUUACUUUCACACUUUUUACACAAGUUUGUCUUGUGUAGAUUUUCUGACUGCAUGGUUUUCUUCUGUCUGAUUGUUCCUUUUUCUUUUUUGGUCCUAUUUGUCACAGCUGGAUCAGCUGUAACAGUUAAAUCAGACAGACUGUGCAAGUGGGUAUUCCCAACAGGUGGUAUGAAAGAAAUUGCUUACAAAAAGGCAGCUAGGUAUCCUACUGAUGCAGCUUUUCAGGAGCAUAUGCAUGAGCCUAUUGCUGAAUAUGUUUCUUUUUUACUCUGCAAUAUCUUCUUAUAAAAGUAACAAUGCGAGGCUCAACAAAACGUUCGCAGUAUGAAUUCCAGAUGCCUAAUGAGACUUAAUGAGACAUACAAGUCACUUACUCAAUAGUCUGAAAGAACUGAAAAAACCCUCACUUAAAAACUAACUUUUUGCUAGAGAUGUACAAAUAAAUUCAGCUAGUGGGUUAGCUUAACCAUUUCCAAAGCUUUCCAUCAGGAAAUACAGCAUUUAGUGUUUACUGGUACAUUCCAAGAUUGCAUUAAUAAAAAUAAUGCUUCAUUAAAGUAAAUCAAAUCCAUGCAGAGUGCGCAGUGACUGCUAUUCACAGAGACGUCAGCAGACGAAUAUCAGUAAUUUACUGUAUUUGUGUUUAUUAAUUCUAACAUUAAUUCUAAUGCUAAGUUGUGUUUGUAUAGGUAAAAACAGCAUGCAGUUUGUUUUAAGCAAUAUCCAUGACUCCCUAAGACAUUUGGCACUAUACUGUACAAUAUAUUACAAAACUUUAAACGCAGUCUGAAAGAAGGCAAGUGAUACAUUUUAUUGCACGUUCUUGGUCAUGCUGUUUAUACUGGUCCAUGUUUGGGUGACAAUCAUGAUGGUUGUGUUGGUUGUUUGGCUUUCUCAGGUUGAUCAUGUUUGAAGACCAGCUAAAAUAAAUUCAAAUGUGAACAAAUACACUCUAUGCUGGUCAUGUUGGUCAUGCUGGACGACCAGUUUUGUUAAGUAUAGUUAAGCUUGGUCAUUCUGGUGGUCUAGUUUGGUCAGUUUGAUGAUGCUUAUAGACCAGAUAAACCAUCAAAUGAAAACAUUCCCUCUACUGGGCUGAGUCAACUAGCUUAAUCAGCUUUAACUGACUGUUGGCUGUAUUUUGCCCACCUAGACUCAUUGAUUGGCUGUUUGCAUCUUAUUUUCUUGAUUUCUCUUCGUAAAUACCUUUUUUAAUUUUCUUGGGUAAAGAAAUAUACUUUUUUUCAGCUUUUUCCCCACCCCAAUUUUCUGCUGUCAGUGCAAAAAGAUUUAACCUUUAACACGAUCAAGCAACACCUUUUUUAAAAAGGGAAUAGAGAUUAAAUAGGUCUCUAAUGUGUCAGAUUGGCAAAAUUUGAGUUUGUCGUUAAUAUGAUCCAGAAAACUGCAGAUCAGUUGAACUGUGGAAUCUGGCACUGCAGCAGGGAUUAUACAGAAGAGAGGAGCUUUACAUUUCUCACACUGUGUGGCCUUCUUUCCAAAGUGUCAUCUGCUAUACUGGGAAAUCUGAGCUGUCUGCUGUUCCAGUAGCAUCAGUGAUGUCUCACUGCAGUGUACCCUGUGUUGCUUAUGAAGCGACCAUGAGCACCAAAUGAACUGUUCUGCUGUAAAAGUACAUGAAUGCUAAAUAUUCUGAUUGAGGCUUUUUACUGUUACACCAUGCAGAAGAAUGUGAAUUCAUUUGCCGCUGUUUUCUAAAUGUGCGCAUGAUUAUCUUAAAUUAAUUCUGCUUAUUCAAAGAAUGACUGAAUGAUUUUUGUAAUAAAUGUCAUUUAAUGAUCUCA